GGAACACGUUCCAUUUCGUCGCGUCUCCCACGCCAUAUCUUCAACCCGCGCCAAUCCAAAACCACCGACCACAAGAUGGCAUCUAAGAUUAUAGUCAUCGGCUCCACCGCCGGCCACCUCCCCGAAGCCCUUACCAAGCUCACGGCGCUGCACAGCAAAAAUAACUUCGCCUUCGCAAUCAUCCUCGGAGACAUCUCUUCAAGUACCGAAGCCGAAUCCCUCCUCAGCGGCGACUUGAAACUCCCACUACCAACCUACUUUACCAUCGGUGCCACGCCACUCUCUCCCGCCGUCGUCUCGAGAAUCGAAUCCAACGCUGGCGAAGUUGUCGAAAACCUUUUCUUCCUGGGCAAGAAGGGCAGCAUAGUCACAUCCGAAGGUAUCCGCAUCGUUGCUGCGGGUGGCGUAUUCUCCAAGGACGGUGACAAGUCCUCAUUCUUGGCCACGCACGCGCCCUUCGAGUUCUCGGCACUGAAGAAACACGAUCCAGCGGACAUCUUGAUUUCCACAGAUUGGCCCGUUGGGAUACACGACGGGCAACGCAGUGGGUCGCCAGCGGUCACGGAACUCGUUGUGGCGGUCAGGCCCCGCUACCACUUCGUUGCUGGCGGAACAGAGCACCUGGCGCGCACGCCGUACCGGAACGAAUUGCGGAAGGGCGAGAAUGAGACACGGUUCACACUGUUCUAUUCGCUGGGGGACUGGGGCAACGCCCAGAAAGCGAAGGCCAUGGUCGCGUUUUCCCUCGAUCCCUCUGCGCCACCGGCCAGCCCGGGCUAUUCCACACCGUCGCCCUAUUUGCGAGAGGAGCGGGAAGCGAAACGGGGUGCGAAGCGGUCAGCUGAGGAAGGAACCUUUUUCUGGGGCGAUCAUACCUCUUCCGGCCAACAGAAGAGAACCCACAAACGCCGGCAUCCCGAGCGCCCACCUCCCCCCGGCCCGGAAAACUGCUUCUUCUGUCUGUCCAACCCCGCGCUCGAAAAGCACCUCAUCGUCUCAAUUGGCAAUGAAGCGUAUCUCACCACGGCCAAGGGCCCGCUCACAUCCUCCGCCACCAAUACCGACUCGAUGCCGUUCUCAGCGCACAUCCUAAUCAUCCCGUUUUCGCACACGCCGAUGCUGCAGACGAUUGAAGAUCCAGAAUCGAGGAAAGCAACAGUGGCCGAGAUGAAGCGGUAUCUGUCCACGCUGGAGAAAUUCUUUGCCGCGCACGGCGCCACAGCCGUCGCCUUCGAGGUGCGCAGGGUCAACGGCAUCCACGCGCACUGGCAGGUAAUCCCGGUCAAGAAGGAGCUCGUGGAGCGCAUCGACGCCGCCUUCGACGACGCGGCAAAAGAUAUCGCGCACUCCUUUGAGGAUGAGCACACCACCACCACCACCACCCACGACGACGAUGGUGAGGAAGACGCGGCGGAUAGGGGCAACGCAUUCACGUAUUGGAUCGGCGGCCAGGAAAAAGGAAGGACCAUGCACUUGGCGCAGGGAGAGUACUUCAACCUCCAGUUUGGACGGCAGGUGCUCGCCGAGGUGAUCGGCACCGAACAGAAGCGCAUCAACUGGAAGGAAUGUGUCAUGUCCCUACCCGAGGAGAUCGCCGAUGCGAAGGCGUUCAAGGAGGCGUUCAAGGAGUACGAUUUCAGUUUAGAGGAGUAGAGGGGUG